AAAUCCUUUCCUCAGCAAAGGCCAAACAAUCUGCUCGAAUACAGAGAUGGGCAUUGCGCCUCCAGCAGUAUAACUACACGGUCAAGUAUCGUCCAGGGACAGGGAAUCCGGCAGAUUUCCUUUCGCGGGCACCAAUUAACGAGCCCUCGGGACAGUCUAUUGCCGAAGAAUAUAUUAACUUCAUAACAGAGCAAGCCAUUCCCAGAACAAUUACCUGGUCAGAGGUGCAAGAAGCGACAAAGAACGAUAAGGAACGGCAGUCAGUUGGACGAGCACUUCAGUUUGCCAAAUGGAAAGACAAAUCCAUAUCAGCUUAUUUUGCAGUACGGCAUGAAAUAACAUAAGUAAGGGGUGUACUGUUGAGAGGACACCGACUGAUUAUACCAAUAUCACUUCGAAAUAGAACUCUAGCCCUGGCACACAGGGGACAUUUGGGAAUUGUCAAGACCAAACAAAAUUUGAGAACCAAGGUAUGGUGGCCUAGAUUAGAUAAAGAAGCAGAACAACAUGUAAAGGAGUGUUUGACGUGCCAAAUAUCUGGUAAUCCUGAACCCCCUCCGCCUCUAGCAGUUGUCCCACCUCCAACGGCACCAUGGUCAUGUAUUCAUGUUGAUUUCUAUGGACCAGCACCUACAGAAGAGCAUCUAUUGGUGCUGUUAGAUGAAACAACCGGAUUCCCAGAAGUUGAGAUUAUGAAUAAAACCACAGCUUUUCAUACAAUACGAGCGUUUGAAAAAGUUUUCGCCCGACACGGACUGCCAGACACAAUUAAGAGCGAUAAUGGGUCGCCGUUCCAGUCCAAGGAAGUUAAGGACUAUCUGACAACACAAGGCAUCCACCAUCACCGUGUAACACCUUUAUGGCCCCAGGCCAAUGGAAAAGUGGAAGGCUUCAUGAAACGUAUGGGUAAAGCUAUUCGAGCGGCUUGGGCAGAGGGUCGAGAUUGGCAAAGAGAACUAUUCGCAUUUUUGAUGAAUUAUCGUACUACGCCGCACCUAUCUACAGGUGUGGCGCCAGCCGAGAUGCUUUACAAACGAGUAAUUCGAUCUACCGUUCCGUCUUUCUCUCAGGCACCUGCCAAUACAGCUGUAGAAAGGGUUUUGAAAGGAAAGGCUAAGUCAGAACAAUAUGUAGAUACCAGAAGACGUACACGAAAGUCAACGAUGAAGGAAGUAGAUACAGUGUUGGUGAAACAGGAAAAGAAGAGCAAGUAUACCACCAUGUUUCGUCCUCAACCAUACAAAGUUAUCAAUGUGCGAUAUUCCAGAGUAACAGCGCAAAGGGGUGAUCAUGUGAUUACAAGAAACGUUUCGCAUUUUAAGAAAUUUAGUGGAGCGUAUAGAGAAACUGUUCCAAAUCCUGAGUCAGAAGAUGAUAUUACCAUUGCGGCCCCACAAGCAGGACAGGACAAUGAUCAAGACAUAAUUGAAGAUAUACCGAAUAAUUGA